GUAUGAAAACGAAAUCGCCUCGCCAUGAUCGAUACUCGCACGCUAAGAGAAGCCACGGAAAAGCCCAAAUGCGGUCCCGAUCUGCGCCAAGAAACUUGACAUAUGCAGCUCGUUAGUGCGCAGUGCGUUUGUCGAUUGAGAUCACACGGGGACCGCACCGAGGCGACUCGGAGAGACGCGUGUGCGCAAAGCGGCGAGCGUUUUGUCGCAUCAUUUCCGGUCCGUCCGUCGGAAUAUCCGAAAUAUUAUUCCCGUUUAUUCGAGCGACCACCGUGGACUUUCCCGCACGGAGCGGCAGUUUCGCCGAAGGUGACGAUCGAUUCGACCGUUUCCUCGAUACUCCGCGGGGUGUUUCCGCGAGAAACGAGGCGCUUCCUCCUCGUCGGAGACCCCGACGAGCCGACACGCGCUCGGUGGAGCGUGGCGCGAGGUUACGCGUCCUCCUCCCCGCUCGAAAUGCGCGCGGGGAUCAUCGUGGGAAAGCGCAUGAAUAACAAUAAAGCGCUGACGCGGCCGUGGUAGCGCGUCAUUUGCGUCACGGCCGGCCGACACCUGCGCGCACGCGACCAGCCCGCGGGAAACGACGUUCGAAUCGGCGUCCGUCUCGUUAAAAUGUAACAACGGAGACAACGCGCGAUCGCCGGACAGCCUGCGAGGAGGAUCAUGGAGAGCGGCGGAGAAGGAGGCAACGUCGCCAAGGAAGCGGCCGUCGCGACUCUGAACGGCGACCUGGAGUUCUGGAUGACGCGGUUACCGGCGGCGCUCAAGAAUGUACCCAUAAUACACCUGGCGAUACCCGGUUCCCACGACACCAUGACUUACACGAUCGAGAGACGCAACGACGUGGGGCCGGACGAGCCCGCCUUCAUCCGAACGCUCGGUCGUUACUGCUCGCUCGUUGCCAAGCCCAUUAUCCUAAAUUGGUCUAUUACACAACGCGACGAUGUCAGGCGGCAGCUCAACGGCGGAAUCCGAUAUCUGGAUCUGCGCGUCGCCACGAAGCCGAGGACCCGGGACAUAUACUUCUUGCACGGCCUGUACGGCUCGGAGAUCGGUAAGCCGCUGACGGACGUCGCCGACUGGCUGACCUCGCACGCCAACGAGAUCGUCAUCCUGGAUUUCCAGCACUUCUACUCCUUCACCGAGGAGGACCAUCAUCGCUUCAUCGAGAGGAUCAGUCAGAUCUUCCGCGGGAAACUGUGCCCGGUCUCGUCCAGGUUCGAGCACAUCACCCUCCAGUGGUUGAUCCUCAAGCGCUACCAGGUGUUCGUCAUCUACCGGAACGUUUACGCGCACAACUACACGAACCUGUGGCCGUCUGGUCUUUGGCGCACCGUCUGGCCGAACACCGUCCGCGUGGACGAGCUGAUCGACUUCCUGAACGUCGAGCUGCAGGGCAGGUCCUUGGAGAUCGCCUUCGUGUCGCAGUGCCUCCUCACCCCCGACACGUCCUACGUCAUCAAGCACCUCUGCGGCAGCUUGCAGAGGGACCUGGUGCCGCUCUGCCGGAAGGCGGUCCUCUCUUGGAUCGGCCAGAAACGGCCGGGCCGCGGCGGACUGAACAUCGUCAUAGCCGACUUCGUGUCGGACAAUAACUUCCUCUUCUCCAAGACGGUCAUUCAGAGCAAUACGAAGCUGCUGCGCGGCUCGCCUUAGACCUCACUCUCGCUUACUUAAGAGUACAAAUGCAACAACGACGCUCCUGAACUUAGGACUUAGAAACGCGUUCACACGCUGACGAAGGAAAGCGGUGGAGUCAACGAAAUUUGCUUUAACGAGCGAGAUCUUUACGAGGCUCAGUUCCGCUGAACCAAUUCCUAAUCAAUCGAGUUGUUGAUUAAUGUUAAUGAAUUAGCGAUUGACUCGGCAACUGCGAUUUUGCCGUUGACCGUAUUGACGCAACGUGUUGACACGGUAUCUUCUUGAGUGAAAGCAACACCGCCGCUGGUCUUUUGUCGAUUCAAACUUUUUUCCUCAGUACAGCGCAUCGAUCGAGAGAUUUCUGACACGUUGAUCCGUCGGUGCUGACGGAUCACCAUCCGUGCAAUCCAUUGAUCAGUACGCGAUAACGAGUGUUUCCCAUUUGGUGACACGAGUCGAUACAGAAGCGAACGUUCUGUCUUCGUUAUUCCUUGAAUACGGAGCAGACACGAGCAGAAUAGUAUCGACUCGUGUCGUUGAAGGGGAAAACACACAAUAAUGCGGCGUCGAUAUAUUUAAGACGUAUUUUUCAAUUAAUGAACGUAUAUUAUCUAAAGCUUUCGACAUGACGUAUCGUCACACGUAUCUGCGGCCUUUAAUAUUCAACGUCUUUCGGCUAAGCAUUGUGGCACACUGUAUUAUUUGGAGAAAACAAAUAUAUAUUUAAUUAUA